UCCCUCGUGAGCGUUCCAGAGGAGGCCUAACGAUGGAGCGGAACGGCGCCAGGGAGAUGGAGGAACGCCGGUGUAUUCGGGACACCGGAAGGACUCUAAAGAAGUAUGGGAGCACGGCCAAGCACACGACGCGAACCGAGACCCUGGUGAAGCACACAGUGUGCCCUACGGACACCCUCCAAGGAAUAGCACUUAAAUACGGAGUCACGACGGAACAAAUAAGAAGGAUCAAUAGAUUGUGGGCGUCGGAUAGUUUAUUUUUACGGGAACAUUUGCUUAUUCCUGUUAGCACGGACAGUCCCGCCUCUGCGUGUAAUGACGAAUCAGUACCUUCUGAGGAGCAAGACGUUCCUCCAAGUAUAUCUAGUCCUUCUUCGAUAUCAUCAUCUAUUGGUGAUGAAAGUUCAGUUAAUGAUUUCUUAGCUAAAAUGGAUACCUCGAUAGCUAACGCCAAAAAAGAGGUCAGACGCGCUCAAGGGAAUAGUGAUUUUUGCACUGAUGGCAAUGACAUUUACGUACAACGACGGCGUGGAUCUGCCAAAUUACGAAACUCAUUCCCCACCACAUCGAAUACCUACUCGACGUCCUCCUCUGACUCUGUCAGACCUGUGUCCUCUAAUGAUAUGCACAACUUUCCAACUGCUGUAGUUAUGACGCAAGGAAGAAAAGUAAAAACUUCCUUGCAAAGACUUGAGCAGCAACAAGACGAGAUGUUCCAGUUGUAGCGUUUAAAUUUCAUUGGACUAUAAUAUCCUGUGUAUCGACUGUUUAUAAAAAAAACCUUAUAGGAGAGGAUGUACUGUAUAUCAAUGCGAAUAGGAGGUCUUGCUUCUCACGCAUCUGAUCGUUAGUUGAUCCAAUAUUAUGUACAAGUUUAAAUUAAAUUGAACUCCAUCGUUCUUUUGUUAUCGAAAGAUCGUAUCUCCGUAGUGAUUUAAGCGAUAUUCUUAUAUAAUGAUCACACUAUUAUUUUAUUCUCCAAGUUUUACGACUUUUUCGUCGUAAUGAUAUCAUGAAGAAUGGAUCAACUAACUUUUAUACGUAGCGCUGAACUGUUUUAUAUAACGUUGCUUGAUGGACCAUAUGUGCCUUGAACAUAAAAUUCUGCGUUAUGUAAAAAGCAUCUUCAUGUGCUCUAUCUUUGUCCGGUUAAGUCGCAGAAAAAUUGAUAUAUAUAUUUUUCAAAUAUUUUCUUUUUUCUAUUUUUUCUCUUUAUUUUUUUUUAGUUUAAACCACUGUGAUAAAUCACUUAAAAAUUUGGCAAAAACCUAGUUAUUAUGUAAUUGAAAAUGAAUAGAAAAUGAAAAACUGUAAAUAAAAUAUCGACUCUACUUAUCUGAAACAUACUUCUUAAACUUAAACUAUAAUUGUUACAUUUGUUAUAACAAAAAAUAUUUUAUUUUCUUUCUUAGUACACAAACCUAAUUAUAAAUUUUUUUUAUAAGUGAUAAAAAAUAUAUCAUGUAUACAAUAUUUUUCUAAUAUUAAAUAUAUAUAUAUAUAUAUAUAUAUAUGUUGUCAAAGAACCCUAGUUAAAAUUAUUAUAUGUAAGUUAAAGGAAAGGCACAGAGAAUACUCCUGAUACAUUAAAACAUGAAUUCUUAGCUGGACUAAGCUUUCUAUAACUAAUAUCGAAUUUAUUGAAGUGUAAUAUUACUAAAACAUAUUUUAAAUAACAUUUAAUCAAUUUAAAUAUAUUAUCAUCGCAAAAGCGAAUUCUUCAUAAAAUGUAUCUAUCAAAAGUCACAGAUCCAACGUAUAAAAAAAACUCGCUUUAAUAAUGUUAGGGAUAAUAUCAUUUAAUGUCACAAAAUGAUUGAAACUAGAAAAAAUAGCAAUAUAAAAUUUAUAAAAUAUAAAUAUACUUUCACCUAAACAUAGUAGCUACACAUUGAUAUACAUUGUACAUCAAAUCUAUAAAAUAUAUUCAAGUUUUGUACAUAAAAACCUGUAUUUUACACUGUACAUACAGUAAAAAUAGCAGCACUGUUGAUAAUGUUGUCUAUAAUUAAUAUUGUGCAGUAUAAUUUUACUGUAAAAAAUAUAUAAGAAUGUUAUACAUUAUAAAUUAAGAUCUCCGAUGCAUCCUCGCCACUAUAUAUAGACACAAUGUAUACAAAAAAAUUGAAAAAGAUGUAACUAAAUGUAAAUAUGAAUUAAAUAAAAAAAAUCUAAGAAGUU